UGAUGAUUUUACUUUUGAGUCAGAACCCAAUUUCCAAAUACCACAUUACUUCACUUACAGAGCGCUUGUUUCAAAACAAAAGCAAAAGUGAUCAAAGGGAAAGAAAGAAAGGAACAACCCAAAUUCUCAAUUCUCAAACGCAACCUUUCGGUUCCUUCUUCAUUUUUCUCUGAAUUAUUAAUAUUUAUUAUUAUUAUUGACAUGGUAGCAGCAGAUUCUAACUCCAAAUCCGACAUCUCUUUCGCUGGAAUCUUUGCCAGCAGUGCUUUCUCCGCAUGUUUCGCUGAGAUUUGUACCAUACCUUUGGACACUGCCAAAGUUAGGCUUCAGCUCCAAAAACAAGCUGUAGCUGGUGAUGUAGUCUCAUUACCAAAAUACAAGGGUAUGCUGGGAACAGUUUCAACCAUUGCCAGGGAAGAAGGUCUUUCAGCACUAUGGAAGGGCAUUGUCCCAGGGCUACAUCGUCAAUGUUUGUAUGGAGGAUUAAGAAUUGGGUUAUAUGAGCCUGUUAAGACUCUCUAUACGGGAAGUGACCAUGUUGGUGAUGUUCCACUGUCAAAGAAAAUUUUAGCUGCAUUUACGACUGGUGCUGUUGCAAUAACAGUGGCAAAUCCAACUGAUCUUGUCAAAGUAAGACUUCAAGCAGAAGGAAAAUUACCUCCGGGUGUUCCCAGGCGCUACUCAGGAUCUUUAAAUGCUUAUUCGUCAAUCGUGAGACAGGAAGGAGUUGGAGCUCUAUGGACAGGGCUUGGCCCUAACAUAGCAAGAAAUGGUAUUAUCAACGCUGCUGAACUGGCCAGCUAUGAUCAAGUGAAACAGACUAUUUUGAAAAUUCCAGGAUUCACUGACAAUGUUUUAACUCAUCUCCUUUCUGGCCUUGGGGCAGGGUUUUUCGCUGUCUGUAUCGGCUCCCCGGUUGAUGUGGUCAAGUCGAGAAUGAUGGGAGAUUCUAGUUACAAAAGCACCCUUGAUUGUUUUGUCAAAACCUUGAAGAAUGAUGGACCCUUGGCGUUUUAUAAAGGGUUCCUCCCAAAUUUUGGACGGCUGGGAUCUUGGAACGUGAUCAUGUUUCUAACCCUAGAACAGACUAAAAAGUUCGUCAAAAGUUUAUCAUCAUCAUGAGCUCAAUCAUAAUUACAUAAAGUGUUUUCUACGAGGGACCUAUUGCAAGUGCAAAUGCAGUUGAAAUUGUAGAAAAUAAAGACCCUUAUAUCUUCAUUUUACUAACUAGGAUUUAGUCAAACAUUUUUUCAAAAGAGAAAAAUGAAAGUUAAACAAAUGAAUUUGUUUCAUAGAUACUAGCUUCUUAUAAUUUCAAUCUAUUUUGUAGGAUUGCAUGUUUCCAUGUAAUAAUUCUCUUCAAAUUUUACAAUGAACAUGCUUCCAUGACAUGACAGGAGAUUCUUUUCAAAUUUGGUAUGGUUCAGACCUCAAAACCAAUGUAUCAGUUAUAAAUAAAUUUAGAACAUCAAUGCUAAUCAGCGUUCUAAGGGCA